GACCUGCAUUUUACUACACUGACCAAGAAUAUUGACUUGAGACAUUGGGUUAAAUUACCUCUGCAGAGAGAGUGGGGUACAUUGCCUGGAAUUAUGGCCACAGAGAGCCUAGUUGAACUCCGCGAUUGGCUGUUCCUACUUCUCCUAUGCUUGACAUUAUUGGUUGAAGUCCUCGAGUUCGCUGCAGCAACAGCUGCUGCCGCGGAGGCAGCUCUUGGAGAGGCGGAGCUUCAGGGAGACGUCCCAUGCCCCUCAGCUUGCAGGUGCGAUGAUGGCUUCAUUUACUGCAAUGACCGUGGCUUGAGUAUCAUCCCACCAUUACCAUUAACGGCAGCUGUGCUCUAUCUGCAAAACAACCGCAUCGACAAUGCUGGGCUACCAACAUCUUUAGAGCGACAACUGACUGUGCGAGUAGUUUACCUUUAUGAUAAUGAACUUGAUGAUUUUCCAACACAUCUGCCUCCGUCGCUACGAGAACUUCACCUACAGGACAACAAUAUACGAACUUUACCCCGUUCCGCUCUUGCACGGCUUCCCCUACUGGAGAAGCUUCACAUGGAUGACAAUUCAGUUUCAACCGUAAGUAUAGAAGACAAAGCAUUCGCCAACAAUCCGAGGCUGCGUCUUCUUUUCUUGUCACGCAACCACCUCUCGAGUAUACCAUCAGGACUGCCUGCAUCACUUGAGGAACUCCGCCUAGAUGACAAUCGAAUUUCAACUAUUCCAACACAUGCAUUUCGAGGUCUCUCCUCUCUAAGACGUCUCUUCCUUGAUGGGAAUUUGCUGGCAAAUCAGCGUAUCGCAGAUGAUACAUUCUCACGGCUGUCUAAUCUCACAGAGCUCUCUCUGGUUCGUAACUCGCUCCAGGCACCACCA